AUGGCAGGGUUGUAUCUGUUAUGUCCCAGCGACGAACGCUCCCCAGUCAGGAACGGUCGUGAAUGGGAUAUCCUAUUCACGAAUGGGCCCAAGUCGUUCGUCGCUGGGAUCAUUGAGCCACAAACGGGAAUACUCCGACUUAUUGAAAUAGAUAAAGGGAACGUCUUCCGAUCGUUUUCCUUUAGAGUCUUCAUGGUAUUCGGAAGCGAAGAGAUACCACUAGGGGUUCCAAAUGAAUCUCAUCAACAGGAUUUGCAGAAGUAUUUUGUUUCUUCGGCGGCUCUCGAUUUCCAACAGUCCUGUUAUUCUCUUUGUCGCUGA